UCCCCCGAAAGUCCAAAGAAAUUUCAUCGUCAUCGUCAAUCAACCACCGCUUCAUAUUUCCGAACUCCGCGACCGCACUCAACACAUACCUCAAGCCAGCCGAGACCCGUCGAAUCUCACCAUCAAAAUGGACGCCCUUACCAAGACCGAGGAAGCCCAGCUCCAGCAGAGACUGCAGAAGCGUCAAGUUAAGGAGUUUAUGAACCUCUUUGGCAACCUCGUCGACCACUGCUUCACCUCGUGCGUUGACGACUUCACCUCAAAGUCCCUCUCCUCCCGCGAGACGGGCUGCAUCACUCGCUGCAUCCAGAAGCAGAUGUUCUCCCAGCAGCGCCUGAGCGAGCGCUUCCAGGAACACAACGCCCAGAUGACCGCUCAGAUGCAGCAGUAAAUGCUUUUCACCAUCGGAUGGAGAAAUGCAGCAGCAAUGAGAAAGAGAACAAAAACGACGAGACAUGUUGUAACAAAAGGGUGGGCACACGGGCGCAGGUUCCAAAGCAGAGAAGAACGCUCCGGAGGAUGCGCGCGCAGAAAUGUAAUACUAUUCCCAGCAUGACAGAACAUGCCGGGGGGCCUGGGAUGCGAGAUCUCAACCCAAGAUUCUCAUCAACCAGGCGACGAGGGCCGGACGAUGUGGCUUAUUCCGAUAUCGCAACUAUGAUGGAGGCCUUUUCUGUAUACUACCAUCUUUUUUUUCCCGAGGGGACGGCGGAUAGAAGUGACAUGCCAUUCAUGGGUGUCCA